UCAUAUAAACCAGACACAAUCAAGAAGCGGCCCCAGGCAGGCAGCAGAGAUUCCAGCCAGCACAAGGGGAGGAGACUGGAGCAUCGUUCACUGCAAACUGCUUGCUGGAGGAAAAACUGAGGAAACUGAUCCAUUAAAGCCUAACUACAGACAUGAUCGUCUCCCCGCACGCUAUUCUGUUGAUAUGUGCAUAUUGGACAACUGCGCUGAUUGGUGGAAUCAGUUCGGAGGGGGUGUGUCUUCAAGAUGGCAAGCACAAGGCCGUGCCGAGCCCAGAGCCUCAUCUGAAGGAGUGUUCGCUCUAUGCAGACAAUAGCUGCUGCACACAGGAACACAUCCAAGACAUUUCCCAUGCUCCCUCUGCCAGCAAUCAGAAUGAACCAUGGGACAAGUGUGGGCCGCUCAGCUCUGCGUGUGAAGGCUUCCUGAAGCGUGUGUCGUGCUUCUACCGGUGCUCCCCAGAUGCUGCCCGCUGGCCUCAUCCCCAUCUGCACUCCUCCAUCCAGGCCGUGCCGCUCUGCCACAGCUUCUGUCGUGAUUGGUUUGACGCAUGCAGGACAGACCUGACCUGUGCUCGUAAUUGGGCAAGAGACCCCAGAGGACAGAACUGCACUGGAACCUGUGUUCAGUAUCAGCAGAUGUAUCAGCAUGGCCGAGACCUGUGUGAGAGCCUGUGGGGUGACGCCUUCAUGACAGUGGAGGAUGCGUCUCAGGAGGCGGCAGAGGCCGGAGACAACGGCAGCAUCGGCGGCGGUCACCCGUGCGGCUGCCUCACCCUGAGUCCUUCCGACAAAGAUGUCAUCUCCGCCCUCCGAGCCCAGCAGGACAACCCAGAGGAGCUGGAUAGCACCAAGACUGGCCUGCCUGCGUAUGCAUCGCCCUGCCAGGCCAAGCUGCCCCCUCAAACAAGGAGCAGCAGGAAGGGGAACUCAGUCCUGCGCAAGCGCUCCAUCAUAGUGGAUGACGGGGAAGGCAGCGGAAGUGGCUUGUAGAGAGAUGCAAUUGUAAAUGUAUUUAGAGGUACAGUAACUGUUUAGAUUAUACAACAUGUGGAGUUUCAACCUCCGACUACUAACUUGGCCAGCUAUCAUUAUCGUAUUUCAAGCAUGAUGAGACAAACCUCCAUAAAUGUUGCUCGUCAAAUCAAAGCUUUGUAAGCGGACACAGUUUGCAUUGUGAACUUUGACACCCGGCUUCUUUUCACCAUCGCCAAGGUGACGUCAGUCCGUGCUGUUGUCAGGUGUGACAAACUUAUUGUGAUGCCGUCCUGUGCAGUGUGUUUGCCAUAGAGGAGACCUUAAUGAUUAAAAUGAAUGUAUCUGCUUUGUUUGGGACAGGAAGGAUCUGGUAUGAUAAUGACGCUGGAAAGAUAUGCUUAAUACCUGAAGGAAGGUUUAAUAUUCAGAGGCAAGCUGUGCUUAUCAGCUGUAGACUAAAUCCGCAGAAAAAAAGCUAGAUACUGCCGUUCUGGUAGCUUGGUCCUCGUGUUUUAUUAGAAUUACAUUAAGGAGCAACAUUUUUAGGUGAGAUUAGAUGUGAACGUUUUUUAAAAAGGGAAAAGUUCCUGAAUAUGGAUGUUUUUUCUGUGUUAUUGUUUUACAUUCCCAAUAAAGAAAACUGUCUAAAUGUC